AUGAAUAUUAGAGCAAAUUACAAGAAGCGAAUUACGAAUAUCACGAAGGUGAACUGGUCCUGCUCAAAGAAGAGAACGUGCCUCCACUUAAAUGACGCAUGGGUUAUCCAGAGGCUCUUCACAGGACCGGAUAGCGUGCAGGGAGUCGCUGAUGUGAAAACAUCCAAAGGGAUUGUCCGACGAACCCUCCACAAGUUACGCUGCCUCACAGGAUCAAAUCUGCGGCAGCAAGUCCACCUACUCGAGCUCCUUCAGUCGUCGAGGGGUGGCAAGAUGAUAGGAGUUAACCUUCGCACCUGG